GUCCCCGAACUCAAACUGGAGCUCAAGCUUCGCGGCCUCCCUGUAUCAGGAACUAAAACCGAUCUGAUCGAAAGGCUGAAGCCCUUCCAAGAUCUUCCCAGCUCCUCAGCUCCCACCACUAGUCCCACGCCCAUUCCUACCACUCUGACCGCCAUCCCCAUGGAGACUACCACGACCAGCCCCGCCAUUGUCCAUCCAACCAUGAAGGGAGCUUCUGAGAACAUGAGCGCCACACCCCCAGUCUCCCCUGUCCCUACUGAUCCAUUCAGCCUCCACCAGGAUGCCAGCAUGUCCGAAGUUCAACACGAAAUGCAGUUGGCGCGCUCUGGCUCAAGAGGGCCCGGAUCCUCACCUCUCUCUGAUUUGAGAGUCCCUGAGAAGGACAGGAGGCUUCAUGAGAAGCAGCGACAGAUUGAAGAGUUGAUGAGGAAGCUUGAGCAGGAGCAGAAGUUGGUGGAGGAGCUCAAGAUGCAGCUGGAGGUAGAGAAGAGGAGUCAGAGCAGCUGUACCACCAACGUUCCCUCAGUAACUUCCAAGCUGACCACUGGUUCAUGUUCAAUUAGCCCCGUUUCAACAGUCUUGAACGCCAACGCUGUAAAACCAGAGAAAACGGUCUUGACAAACUGCUCUCCAGUUUCCUUUCCGAACUCGAUGCUGGGCUCCCAGGCUCUCACAACCCCACAGCAAACUAUGGUCAAGUUGGAGGACGUGACUCUUUCUUCUGGAAAGCCAAUUCAGCUUCAACCCCAAACUCGGCUUCUCACCCAAACCCAGGACCAAGUAAGCACUAGCCCACAGCUCCUCUACCAUUCCCAGAGAAGUCCCAAACUUAAGACCCAGCCGCAGUCCCAACCUACCACCCCCAACCUGCAGCAGUUCUUCAUCAGCCAUCCCGGGGGGGUGUCCCAGGUGCUCGGUCAACCGCAGACCUUGUUAACCACAUCUGGACAGACUCCGACUCUGCUGACGACAAGUGGCCAGACUGCAACUCAGAUCCUGCUCCCCGUAUCACUGCCCAACAAUGCCACCGCCAUCCAGCU